AUUCAUUCUUCACUUUGAUCCUUUGAUGUCCCAAGUCCCAAUGUAUUGUGAUAUUGUGAAUGUGAAUAUAGAUAAAAUUAAAUUUACUGAAAUGGAAGUAAAACAAGAAGUUAAUGAAUACACAUGUAAAGGAGAAAUAGAUAAUGAUGGUGGUGAUCUUUUUGAUACCUUUAAAGUUGAGAUUAACGAGGCGCUCAAGAGGGAAAGUAGGAAUGAUGCAUUUGAUGAUUUAAUUAUAAAAGAGAACCCAAUAAAGAUAGAAAAUGAAACAUGUGAAGAUAAACUCAUAUUAUUUGAAGAAGAAACAAGUGAAAAAAAUACUGGAUUUUGACUACCUCUAUUUUGAGCUACUAAUUGUAAUAUUCUUCUAAUUCUACUGUGUGAAUUGUCCAUGAUUAU